AUGGCAGAACCCCCCGUCGCAACCAUGCCCGAAGCCACAAGCACCUCUACAAUGCAACCCGACAUCAGCCCCCAAUUCCGCGGUCCGUCUUCCUUCCCUUUCCCCCCUCCUCAUCCUACUCGGCAUGCUCCCCCCGCAAGUCACCCGCCACCCCAUGUCUAUGUAUAUACUCACGCAUACAUUUUGAUCCCCACAGAACCAAUGGUCUCGGACUCCACCACCCCACCUCCAAACGCCUCCUCCUCCUCCUCCUCCUCCUCCUCGGACACUGACUCGGACCCCACGCUCCACAAAAGCACCACCUCCAAGCUCAAAGACGCACUCAAGAAACCUUUUACAGCAUCUUCUUUUUCUACUUCUUCUUCUUCUUCUUCUUCUUCUUCUUCUUCUUCAGAUGCUUCGUCGUCGGCAUUGUCUUCAAGCCACAAGCUAGGCGAGCGCGAAAUCACAUCCCCGGAAAUGGCAGCUGCAAAGGAAGUCCUUGUUGCCAAGCAACUAAAAUAG